AUGGCAGAGGCCAUCUCUCCCUUUAUUACAAUCGGUCAGGACAGAUAUUAUGUCGCAUUCAACUCGAAAGCCAGCCGUCUACCUCUCCCCUUCAUCACCAGACUCGCUCGAUUCGAGGAAGAGCUGAUUCCCGCCACUGCCAUUGAGUGGAAAGAGUCGAGCUUCACCCCGGCCGACUUGGCCUCAAUAACCACAAGCUGCAGCGCCGUAGAUGAUGUCUGGAGCAGCGAUUUCCUCUCCCUGAUUCUCCUGCUGCGACCGCCCGGGACCAAAUGCAGUGUCAGGGGACGGCGGAUCUUCUCUGUUGGGAACACCGAGAUUGAAUUGAAGAAUGGUCCGUACGUCGUGUCAAGGGCGUCUGGGAGAGUCUUUUGUGUCUAUAAGCUGGCGGCAGACUCCCACCAUGCGUUUGUGACGGGCGUCUUGCCACCACCAGGUUCAUCAUCGACAUGGCGGAAUUUUCCAUACUGCGUCCCUCUACCUUCGAAGUUGUCUCGGUGUCACGACGGUAGAUCCUUGGCGGGCUUGAGAUUUGCCGUCAAGGAUACGAUCGCCAUCAGAGGACUGAAGACCGCCUUUGGCAACAACGCCUGGCGUGACACCUACCCUCCAGAGAACGCAACUGCGCCAGUUGUCGAAGUUCUACUCGAAGCCGGCGCCGUCCUGGUUGGAAAGCUCAAGACUACCGAGUUCGCCGAGGGCGUUGACCCUUGUGAAUGGACCGAGGAUGUUUGUCCCUUCAACCCUAGAGGGGACGGACAGCAGAAGCCUUCGUCUUCCAGUACUGGAAGUGCGGUAGCGGCAGCAGCCUACAAGUGGUUGGAUUUCACAGUUGGAACGGAUACUGGCGGGUCGAUUCGACACCCGGCUGGAGUGAACGGGGUAUUUGGGCAACGGCCUUCACAUGGGCUGCUCAGCCUUGAGGGAGUCCUUGGGGCCACGGACUUGUUUAACACGGUUGGAAUUUUUGCCAGAAGUGUCGAUGUUUUCAAUCGAGUCGGCUCUUAUCUUAUAUCUCAGGCCCAGCGCCCGUCGAGGUUUUCAGAUGGUCGCAAGUACAACUUGCUCUGCCCAACAAGACCUGCCGAGCUCGUCAAUGCUGGAGCUUGUCUCCACGGCCAGCACAAGUGGCUUCCUCAUCCUUCGAUCGAUUCAAUGGACUGGUCGCUAGCUGAAAAGCAAAUCGAAUCGGUGCUCACCCGACUCGAAUUCCACCUUGAUUGUGAGAGGGUGUCUUUUGACAUCGACGAAUUGUGGAGAGCCACACCACCAGUCGGUCAGCCAAGGUCGCUUGAUCAGGCCGUUGGACACGUCUACUCAGCCAUUACAACGGCAUCAGCUGUUGUAGGUGGUAUCAAUCAAUUCUUCGACAAACACCGAGCAAACAACAACGGGCAGUCUCCAAAAGUCUCGGAUCUGGUUAAUCGCCGUUUUGAGUACGGACGCAACGUGUCGGCAGAGACGAUCACCGACGCCCUGGAGGCGAUGCAAGCGUUUAAACUCUGGGUCGAAACGACUCUUUUCGGUUCAUACGACCAGGACGCCAUCACUUUACUGGUAUUUCCGCAGUCCCGUGGUCUGCCAGACUACCGCGACGACAUUCCUGAUCGAACUGGACUCUUCAACGACAAUUUCAGCAUUUACUCGUUUGGGUAUCUGGUAGGUUGUCCAGACUACACGAUUCCUGUUGCAGAGAUCCCGUACUUGUCGAAGAUUACCUCCAAGACUGAAUUUCUGCCCGUUUCGAUCAGUCUUGUAGGGCCCCCGGGCUCGGAUCUGGAGCUCUUCAAUGUCGUGCAGCAAUUGCACAGGUUUGGUGUGAUUUCGGACGUGGCCCCGGGACCGCGACUCUACCCAAAGCACGUUGACAUUCACGAAAUAUCGUCUACCACAUAA